UGGGCCUCCAGUGAGUACGCGUACCGUGGACGUUAAACACCUCAAUGAGACUACGGAAUGAUCUCGAAUGCUUCAGAAAAAGAACGCUUAAUCAAAGCAAACGAUUCGACUUACAACGCUCAGUUCAACUAUGCGACAAAUUACAUAAAAACAUCGAAAUACAGCUUGUUGACGUUCCUGCCUCUGAAUUUAUUCGAACAAUUUCAGAGGCUAGCCAAUUUCUACUUCCUGUGCUUAAUGAUGCUGCAGAUGAUUUCGAUUAUAUCAUCAUUGACACCCAUUACCACUUCAAUACCACUGGUUGGAGUGCUAACGAUCAGUGCCAUCAAAGACGCCUACGACGACUAUCAAAGGCAUGUCAGCGACGAUCAGGUGAACAACCGCAUAUCGAAGACUGUCAGAAACGGCCAUGUAGUGAACGUGAAAUGGAAAGACGUGCAUGUGGGGGACGUGAUUUUAAUGGAAGACGGACAGUUCGUGGCUGCCGACGUGUUAUUGCUGUCUACGAGCGAGCCAAGUGGUCUGUGUUUUAUAGAAACCGCAGAAUUGGACGGGUACGAAAAAGAACGCUUAAUCAAAGCAAACGAUUCGACUUACAACGCUCAGUUCAACUAUGCGACAAAUUACAUAAAAACAUCGAAAUACAGCUUGUUGACGUUCCUGCCUCUGAAUUUAUUCGAACAAUUUCAGAGGCUAGCCAAUUUCUACUUCCUGUGCUUAAUGAUGCUGCAGAUGAUUUCGAUUAUAUCAUCAUUGACACCCAUUACCACUUCAAUACCACUGGUUGGAGUGCUAACGAUCAGUGCCAUCAAAGACGCCUACGACGACUAUGUAUCAAAGGCAUGUCAGCGACGAUCAGGUGAACAACCGCAUAUCGAAGACUGUCAGAAACGGCCAUGUAGUGAACGUGAAAUGGAAAGACGUGCAUGUGGGGGACGUGAUUUUAAUGGAAGACGGACAGUUCGUGGCUGCCGACGUGUUAUUGCUGUCUACGAGCGAGCCAAGUGGUCUGUGUUUUAUAGAAACCGCAGAAUUGGACGGAAUAUCAUGACGUUUAACAAGUGUUCAAUUAACGGUAUUGUUUACGGUGAUCAGAACGAAAUUCACUAUGGAAAAUCUGACGACGUUCUUAAGACGUACGUGGAUAAACAGACGCCUUCCGCUGUCAUCAGGAGUUACAAUAAUUCACAAUACAACAAAGUAGACCAAGGUGUCAGAAGAGUAACUAUAAAUUCUACGUUGCACUUGGUUGGACCACCUCCGAUAGAUUUUUCAUGGAAUCCUCAAUWCGAAUCGGACUUCUUGUGGUACGAUCAAAGUCUAGUAGACGCCGCUCGGCAACUCAAUAACGAAACCGAAAAUACAGUGAUAACGUUUUUUGAAAUAUUAGCUUUAUGCCAUACGGUUAUGCCCAGCUGGAAAAACGGAAUUUUGAAAUACCAAGCUCAAUCACCCGACGAGUCAGCGCUUGUUUCGGCAGCUAGAAAUUUCGGUAUCGUUUUCAUAGAGAGAACUCCGAACAGCGUGACGAUCGAGAUCAAGGGCGAAAUCAAAGUGUAUGAACUUUUAUGUAUUUUAGAUUUCAACAACACCAGGCGUCGCAUGUCCGUAGUAUUCAGRGAAAACAAUAAAAUACGGCUCUACUGUAAAGGGGCCGACAGUGUGAUAUUCAACCGCCUGGAACCGGGAAAUGACGAAUACAAGGCCACGGCCUUGCAACAUUUGAAUGAUUUUGCAGGUGACGGACUACGUACGCUUUGCUGCGCAGUCAGAGAUAUCGACGAUGAAUUUUUUGAUUCGUGGAAACACAAAUACAUGGCUGCUGCUGCGGCUCGGACUGACAGAGAGGAAAAGUUAGACAAUGUCUACGACGAAAUAGAAACCCAUCUGAGAUUAAUCGGUAUCACCGCUAUCGAAGACAAGUUACAAGAUGCCGUCCCUAAGACUAUAUCUAACUUACUAAUGGCGGGGAUGUAUAUUUGGAUGCUCACUGGAGACAAACAAGAAACUGCCAUAAAUAUUGGAUACUCUUGUCAAUUACUAAACGAUGAAAUGGAAUUAUGGAUAGUUGAUGGCAACACACAAGACCAAGUAGAAUAUCAGCUCGACCAGUGUAACAAUUCGCUUUUGGGCGUUUCAGAAAUACAUCGAUCGGAAAGAAAUAGUAUGGCUACGAGUGUCGUACGAUUUAGCGAACCCGAUGAUGUCGAAUUGAAAGACAACGAAGAGCGUUUGUACGCUUUAGUCAUCAAUGGCCAUUCAUUAGUUCAUGCAUUACACACUGAGCUCGAGUACAAAUUUGUGGAGAUAUGCACAAAGUGUAAAGCGGUAAUUUGCUGUCGAGUAACACCUCUUCAAAAAGCAAUGGUUGUGCAGCUCAUUAAAAAAUACAAGAAAGCUGUAACGUUGGCAAUCGGCGAUGGCGCUAACGACGUAUCAAUGAUAAAAGAAGCUCACAUAGGUGUGGGAAUCACYGGCCAGGAAGGAAAUCAGGCGACACUGGCAUCCGACUAUUCCCUAGGACAGUUUCGGUUCUUGGAGAGGUUACUUCUGGUCCACGGCAGGUGGUCGUACUAUAGAAUGUGCAAAUUCUUGCGUUACUUUUUCUACAAGAACGUGGCAUUUACCCUUUGUCAUAUUUGGUUCGGAUUCUUUUGCGGUUUCAGUGCUCAAACAAUUUUUGAUCCGUUUUAUAUAUCUGUCUAUAAUAUGUUCUACACCGCACUGCCRGUAUUAGCAAUCGGGGCUUUAGACCAGGACGUCAACGAUUCAAAAAGUAUCAUGUACCCAAAACUCUACACGCCGGGAAUUCAAAAUAUGUUUUUUAACACUAAAGAGUUCUUUAAGUGCGCUGCUCUGGGAACGUACGCUUCGCUAGUGAUAUUUUUUGUACCUUAUGGUGCAUAUUUUUAUGGGAUGACUUCGAGCGGAUUGAAUGUUUUAGAUCAUAUGUAUAUGGCAGAAGUCGUUGCAAUGAUUCUGGUCACUGUCAUGACCGUACAGGUAGCUUUUGACACAUCAUACUGGACUGUAAUCAACCAUACAGUUAUCUGGGGAUCUUUGGCAUUAUUCUUUAUUGCUGAAUGGGUUUAUAACUAUCUCAUUGGAGGUAUUUACGUAGGAUCUUUGGCAAUGGCAAUGCAACAACCGACAUUUUGGUUGGUUACAUUACUCGUUGUGGUUGUGAUUGUAAGCCCUGUGGUUGCUUGGCGUCUGUAUUUUCUGGAAACAAGACCUACUCUUACCGAUAAACUUCGUUUGAAGCAACUGAAACAAACGAAACAAGUAUCGGGAACUGGAAUGAGAUCGAUGUCAGUAAAGCACAAACGACGUUCGAUUAGGUCAGGGUAUGCUUUUGCUCAUCAAGAAGGAUUUGGGCGACUGAUUACAAGUGGAAAAAUAAUGAGAACGCCAAGGAAUAGCGAAACGUUUAUUGAUCGAAAAAAUUCGAAUAUAUCUGAUAUUACUGUAUAACGUUUAAAAUACAUUUUUUUUCAACUUAAUAUUAUUCUUAUAAAUAGAAAAGUCUUGAUUUUAUGGUUCUAUUAUCAUCAUAUUAAAUUUUUCAAUUUUCAUAAAUUAUAUAUGAUCAUUAUUCAUUAUAUAAUAACUUUGGUAUAUAAUCUCUU